AUGCUGUGGAUCCCGGAUACCGUACUUUACAAUACUGUGUUUUUUCCAUACGACGUUCAAACGUGCCAUAUGAUCUUCGGGUCGUGGACUUCGGACAACCACGAUAUCGACUAUUUCCCUCAUACGAUGGAAGUCGGGACGAGCAAUUAUUUGAUUAAUGAGGGAUGGACGUUAAUGGGGACGCAGGUCGAACGUCAUGAGAACAAAUACGUCUGCUGCCCCAACAACUACACCCUGCUCGAUUUUACGUUCUACCUCCGGAGACGGCCAUUAUUCUAUCUGGUCAAUCUGGUCAUCCCUACCUUUAUCAUCACGUUGAUCGCUAUUAUUGGGUUUUUCACGACGAGCUCUUCGAACGAAGUCCGAGAAGAGAAAAUCUCGCUGUGUAUCACUACACUUCUGUCGAUGAGCAUUUUGAUGCUGAUGGUAUCGGAUCAGAUGCCGUCUACAUCGACGUUUAUACCAUUGAUCAGCUGGUUCUACCUUUGCGCAAUCGUCAUCAUCUCCGUCGGGCCUUGCGCGGCUUCUUGUGUGAUUCAGAUUCAGAAAAUCGGGAGGAGAGGCAAACGCCUCCCAGUAAAAGCCAUCAAAAUUACGCGCUACAUCAGUAGCGCGAUUUUGGUGCGAAUUCCGCCUCACUUGAAGCCGAGGUCUACUUUGAUGCAAAAGUUGAAAAAACAACGGUCCACCUCCCAUCGGCCGAGCUGCGCCAAGAUUGACGAAGAAGACCGCCUCUAUCGCUAUAAAUUGAAGGAGGAGAACCGAAAGUCGACAAUCGCCCAAUUCGCCAAGUACUUCUUUACGGCGGGCACCGACUUGGCCUCCUACCCGAUGGGCAAUCCGGGUGAUUACGGGAACAACAACAACGAGCCGCUGCUGCAGAAUGGGGGAGUCGACAACCCAUCAAAGCCAUCGGUCGUUUCACCAGCCGAACACGCCCAAUUCCGAUCGCGGGCCCUCUCAAAAGUGGCCAGUGAAGUCGACGGCGAGGACAAAAUAGAUUUUGAGGCGAUUGAAAAGGAGGCACGGGAAAUGGAGGUGAAACGGGAGCUCUCAAAAAUCGAGUACGACUGGCUGGCCACCGUCAUCGAGCGUUGCACAUUUGGAUUCUUUUUACUCGCAUUUUUCACAAUGUCUAUGGGCAUCAACAUCAUCGGGAUGUUGCACUUGUCCUGUAUCAGGUGGGAUGGUGCCUGCGGCACCAUUCCCUGCCCCGCCCCC